UGGAACCCUGGUACCUAGGUUGUGUUUGAUGACCUUUGGGAAACUACCAACAGGACUUGAAUUAACUUCAUUCAGACUCGGGCUGCUGCUCACUUGGAAAAGCCAGAUGGCUUGAGAUGGGGAACAAUACUAACCCUGAGGGAACAAUAUCAACCCCCACGGCCUGGCAAUGUGUGUUUGUUGGGAGGAAUCGCACCUACUGAACAACCUCAUUCCUCCUUCACUUUGACGGCUCCACAUUGCCACAGACAAUGAAUAGCAAGCACCAACAACAUGCAGCAUGAAAGGUAAUAUUAUGGCUGUGCUACCACUCUGACCCGAUAUCUGACUGAUUCCUCUUUUACUUCCCAUUCUGCUCCCCCUACUCCCUCUCUGUGCCUUAUCCCCGCUCCCCUCUCAGCUUGAGAUAGUUGUAAAGGCUUGCAGCCUUGCUCAGACCUGCGAGAUGCCAGCCCCAUCUCCCUCCCCGCCUUACUCCACCAACCCUCUACCCGGACUCGUCGGUCUUGAUGGCGAUGACAAUGCAGGAGAGGUUACCUGGGCCACCGGCCGUGAAAGCUCAGUUUCACGGUCUGGGAAGCGCUCGCGCAUCCACCCGACCUUGACCAACAUCCAGCGACCGGUCGCGUCUCUCUCGGGCGCCGCAUCCAUUCCCCCCUCAGCCAUCAUCGAUGCCGCAGGCGCUGACCCAACCCUCCCACUGCUCAGCCCAACCGCGCCGUCCGCCGCCGCCGCCGCGAGCCCGGACCGGCCCUACCUCCCGCACCAGCCAAAGUCCCUCGCCGGCAUCGCGCUGCGGUCAUUCUGCCUCGGCAUCGCGCUCGCCGUCGGCCUAGCCUCGACGCUCUCGAUCCUCCUCUUCACCAACAGUACCCUGUGGCGCCUGCCGUUCUUCCUCGCCGCCCUCUCGACCUUCCACUUCCUCGAGUUCUGGACCACGGCCGCCUACAACACCCCGGCGGCCAACGUGGGCUCGUUCCUGCUCACGGCCAACUGGCCCGCCUACGCCAUCGCGCACGCCGCCGCGUCGCUCGAGUGCCUCGUCACCAACGCGCUGUUCCCCCGCCGCGACUGGGCCCUCCUGGGCACCGGCCCGCUUCUCCUGCUGGUGGGCCUGGCGUGCGUCGCGGGCGGCCAGGUCGUGCGCUCCGCGGCCAUGGUGCAGGCGGGCCCCAGCUUCAACCACAUCGUGCAGCGCGAGCGCGGGCGAGGCCACGUCCUGGUCACGACGGGCAUAUACGCGACCCUGAGGCACCCGAGCUACUUUGGCUUCUUCUGGUGGGCGCUGGGCACGCAGCUGGUCCUGGGCAACGUCGUGUGCUUCUGCGCCUACGCUGCCGCCCUGUGGCGCUUCUUCAGCACAAGGGUCCGCGUCGAGGAGGAGCUGCUCGUGGGCUUCUUCGGGGACGAGUACGUCGAUUACAAGAAUAAGGUCGGGACCAAGAUCCCGUUUGUGCCCUAGGCUUCUUCUCAGACCGGAAACAUGGAGAUAGAGAAAUGGUGGCGCUCCGAAAUAUAGCAAUAUUGUUUCAGGGGUCAUGGGCGACAUUCCUGGACCCCGAAGCGGAAUGUACGAUAUGCGAGGAGGAGGUAAGGGGUUUUGCCCUUGCUUUUGGAGGCCUAUAUGCCAGAUACCGUAGUUCUCGGUGGUUUAUCCCAAUAGGAUAAGCCCCUUGAUUACUAGCGACGAGGGUUAUUAAAUGAGAAGAUAUCGUUAUCCCAUCCCGCACCACUUG